AUGCCCAACUCCACCAUGAUGAUGGAAUUUCUCCUGAUGCGGUUUUCUAAUGAAUGGGAACUACGGGUUCUGCAUGCCAUAUCCUUCUUUCUGAUGUAUUUGAUCACUCUUACUGGGAAUUUUCUCAUUGUUAUUGUCACCACUCUAAACAAGAGCCUUCAUACCCCCAUGUACUUCUUUCUCAGGAAUCUAUCCCUCUUGGAUGCAAGCUACAUUUCUGUAACGGUGCCUAAUUCAUGCAUCAACUCCCUGCUUGACAGCAAUACCAUUUCAAAGGCAGGAUGUGUAGCUCAGGUCUUCUUAAUGAUUUUCUUUGUGUAUUUGGAGAUGCUGUUCCUCACAAUCAUGGCCCAUGACCGCUAUGUGGCCAUCUGCCAGCCUCUCCAUUACCCUGUGAUCAUGAACCCUCAGGUCUGUGUCCAGAUGACACUGGCUUCCAUCCUCAGUGGUCUGGUGUACUCAGCAUUCCACACAGGUAACACCUUCAGGUUGUCCUUUUGUCAUUCCAACAUUAUCCAUCAGUUUUUCUGUGACAUCCCCUCUCUGUUGAAGCUCUCAUGCUCUGACACUUUCAGCAAUGAGAUAAUAAUCCUUGCCUCUGCUCUGGUGAUUGGUGGAGGCAGUUUCAUCUUCAUCAUCAGGUCUUACAUUCACAUAUUUUCAACUGUGCUCAGGUUACCAAGUGGAGCAGACAGAGCAAAGGCCUUUUCCACAUGCAUCCCUCAUAUCAUCGUGGUGUUGGUAUUCCUCAGCUCAGGCUUGUAUGUGUACCUAGGGCCAUCUGCAGUCUCUGCAACCAUCCAGGAUGUGAUCCUUUCUGUGCUCUAUUCUGUAAUUCCUCCUCUCUUCAACCCAAUUGUUUAUAGUCUUAGAAAUGAACAAAUAAAAUGUGCCAUCAGGACAAGCUUUAAACAAUUAUUUGGGUCAAGAAAUUUAUAG